AUGGCGACUUCGCGCAAGGUGUUCUCCCUUGAGGGAAAGGGUCUUAAGCUCGACACUGCUGCUGACCUCGAGCCCCAUAUCGCCGAGUUGCGCUCGACGGAUGUGGAGGAAGUCAAGUUCCUCGGCAACACUCUGGGAGUCGGCGCUUGCAAGCUCCUCGGAGAGGUUCUGGCCACCAAGAAGAACCUACAGUCCGCUGACCUUUCCGAUAUCUUUACCGGCCGCCUCCUGAGCGAAAUUCCCGAGGCGCUGUCCUCCCUCCUUACCUCUAUCUUGAACCUCCCCAAGCUCACCACGAUCAACCUUAACGAUAAUGCCUUCGGUAUCAACACCCAAGCUCCUGUUGUGGCGUUCCUAGCUUCUCACGUUCCGCUUCAACACCUUUACCUGAACAACAACGGUCUCGGUCCCCACGCUGGUAUCCUGGUCGCAGAUGCACUCUCUGAGCUGCACGCGAAGAAAGAGGCGGCGAGAAAAGAAGGAAAGGAGGUUCCUGACCUUGAGACCGUCAUUUGCGGUCGUAACCGUCUGGAGAACGGCAGUAUGCAGGCCUGGGCCAAGGCCUUCAGCCUCCACAAUAAGAUCAAGGAGAUCAAGAUGGUUCAAAACGGUAUCCGCCAGGAGGGUAUCAGCCACCUCAUCAGUGAGGGUCUGAACCACGCGACUGAGCUGCGUAUUUUGGAUCUCCAGGAUAACACAUUUACUCUUUCUGGUGCCAAGGCUGUCGCCAGCGUCCUCCCGAACUGGUCACACCUGCAGGAGCUUGGCCUCAACGAUGCCUACCUCACUGCCAAGGGUACUGCUCUUGUUGCCAAGGCUCUUGCUAAGGGGAAGCAGGACAAGCUCGAGGUCCUUCGCCUGCAGUUCAACGACAUUACGUCCAAGGCCCUGACUGGUAUUGCCAGCGCCGCUGCAGACUUUCUGCCUGCGCUGAAGAAGGUUGAGCUGAACGGUAAUAAGUUCGAGGAGGAGGACCCCUCCGUCAUCGCCAUCCGCGACCUCCUCGAGGAGCGUAAGGACAAGCUCGGUGGCGAUGUAGUUGAUGAGGACGCUUGGGGUCUUGACAGCCUCAGUGACCUUGAGGAGGAAGAUUCCGACGACGAGGAAGAGUCCGAAGAAGAGGAGGAGGAGGACCUCGAGCCCAAGAAGAGAGCCGAGAUCCUCAUCAAGGAAGCUGAGGAGGCUCAGGAGGAGCCCACUGUCCAGCUUAAGGACAAGGAGGUGGACGACCUGGCCAAGAAGCUCUCCAAGACGGAGAUUUAA